UCUAUAGAAAAUUAUUAGGAAUAAUUGCCAUAUAAACAGGGCACAGCUGCAAUGACAUCAAUUCCGCCAACAGAAGAUGCACAAAUGCAAGAUGCGCCUGUCGACGACGACGCGAUACAACCAAUCCUCUCUGCCGACGAAGAGCGCGUCUUGAAGCUAUUCGAUCGCCUCCAGGAGUUACAGCUACAGAUCGCGCUUGUCAAGGCGCGCAAUGCCUACAAGCCAACAUCCAACCCUGAAUCAGACACUCCCGAAGCUGUCAAGGCAGCUCAGGCUCGCCUGCUCGACGCCCGCGCCAGCUACAUGCUACGGAACCAGGUAGUCGAGAGCGUUGUUUCGGCUACGCCAAUCCUCCAUGCCGUCCAUGGCGCGACAAACACGAAUCUAAUUGAGCAAGAUCUCGAAGACACUAUCAAAGCACGUGAUGCUACCUCCACCGCCGUUGCGAAUCAGACUACCGUACUACACGAGACCCUCGACAAGCUCACGACUGUCGAGGCCGAGAGCCUGGCGAUGUCGCGCAAGAACAUCGAGCUCGCGGCCGAGAUGCUAGAGCUGGCAGAGGAGCACGAGGCAAGGAGGAAGGGAGUUCCCGCGGACGAGGACCCAGAAACGGCGGCCGAGAUUGAGCGGCUCGAGGGCCAGUUGCAGGCGAGCCGGCGGCGCUGGCGCAUCAUGAAAGCGACUGCAAGCGCAGUUGUUGUAGGCAGUGGUGUGGACUGGGUAGGAGAUCCGGUCUUGAGAGACGUCGUCCUAGAUUCUGAGUGACGAGGGAGCAAAAGAACCUCGAAGCGGCCAAAGCGAAUAACGCUGGUCGAAGCGAUGAAACCGCAGACCCAACACCGCAAUUAACAUGGCCUUGGCAAGCAGCAAGACAGAGCGCAACUGAGCUGGCACCGUGCCUCAGGUCAAGGUGGUAUUCGAUCCAAGACGUCAUUGCACAGUGAUUAUUGGAAUAGUUGCAAUUUUGCAUACGCGGGCGUUUGUUUUGCACGAAUUUUGCUUCCCGGCAAGCUAGCGGAUUGCGACAAUGGGGGAUGGGCGUCCAAAGCUGGUAUACUUUGCACUGGCGGAGACGUGACAGGAAAUCAGGAACCCGGUUGCAUGAUUCCCAUCAAAAGUCGAUGUGACUUGUGAACUGGACCCCUCUUUCGAGUGACCUGACCGCAUGAUGAUAAGCUCCUUGUCAAAAAAAGCUCUAGUUCCAGGUCCAGGACCUUACCG